AUGGAGGCCAUCGUAGGAAAACUGUCCAGAUUAUUUGGAAUAACCAAUGAAGAGUCUGAAACACUCAUCAAAAGAGCCAUGAACUCGUCCACACCGCAGGAGGACCUAUUGGACCUGCUGGGAGAUGCAUCAAUAGGCGACAUUAUCUUCCUUCUGGAAGAACAGAAGAAGAAAGUGCAAAGCGCAAAAAAAAUACAGCAGAGCCACAGGGUGAUUAGCGUAGAAGAAAAGCUGGACAGAGUGCUAGCGCCCCGCAUCAAGAGAAACUGCACGGAGUACUAUGACGAAUACAUUUUAGAGACAGCUCCAUCCUCUGCUGAAAUUCCUCUGGUGCCAACUGAAAUAAUAUCAAAACCGUACAGAAACAUAUUCAGUACACAUUAUGAAUAUUUCAAUAGAGUGCAGUCUGCUGUCAUAGAUAGUGUAUACAAGAGCACGGAGAACGUCUUGGUAUCAGCACCCACAGGAGCAGGAAAAACAGAUAUAGCCAUUCUAGCUAUAGUUAAACAGCUGGAACAAAUGUCACAGGAUAAAACCGCGAAAAUCAUAUACAUUGCACCAAUGAAGGCGCUGGCAGCUGAGAUAACAUGCAAGCUAAGGAGUAGACUGCCUGUGCUAGUAAGCGAGUGCACUGGAGACACAGAGCUAACCCGAGAAGAAAUGGAGAAAAGCACAGUGCUAGUAUGCACUCCUGAAAAGUACGAUGUGAGCACACGAAAAGUGUCAUCAGAGCUCCUGAGAAAAACCGCACUUGUGGUGUUUGAUGAAAUACACAUAUUAAACGACAGCAGAGGCCCAACAAUCGAGGGAAUUGUGUGCCGGCUGAAGAUGUCAUCCAGCAGAAAUCAGAAACAUACAAGACUAGUGGGGAUAUCAGCUACUAUGCCUAAUCCGAAGGACAUAUCUGCUUUUCUAAUGGUAAAGCCACAGAACACACACAUAUUUACGCCUGGCGACAGACCUGUUCCCAUAACGUAUUCGAUUGUUGGCACAAGAAAGAACGUGGAUGCAGGUGCCAGCAGCUUUAUAAAGAGGAUGGACACAAAAGAAAAAAUGGUCCACAUUUUAAAAGAAAAAAUAGAGAAGGUGUUAGGCACGCACAAUCAAGCGAUUGUCUUUGUGCACACACGAGCUAACACUCUGGCAGUAGCAAAUAUCCUCUCAGAAGACCUGGAAACAGAUGAAAACAGAAUAGAAGAAGCAGAAGAGAUGGGAAUAACAGGAGAAAUGAAGGAAGUGUAUGGGAAGGGGGUGUUUAUACACAAUGCAGGACUGCCUCGAGAGAUAAGACAGUUUGCAGAAGAGAAGUUCAGAAACAGAAAAGUGCGAAUUCUGGUAAGCACGUCUACACUGGCCUGGGGAGUGAAUUUGCCUGCUAGAACGGUUAUUGUGUUUGGAACUGAGAUAUACGUCGUAGAGAAAGGAGGAUAUGUGGAUGUAGAUAUACUGAAUAUUCAGCAGAUGUUUGGAAGAGCAGGCAGACCGCAGUAUGAUACAGUGGCUGAAGGUGUGCUUAUCACAGACCACUCCUCCUUGCAUAAAUACGUUAGAAUGCUUCGUGUAGAAGACCCGAUAGAAAGCGACUUGUUGAAAAGUCUUCCAGAUAGAAUAUCAGCAGAGAUUUACCUGAGAAACAUAAAGAACCACAGCGAUGCUGUGCAUUGGUUUAGAUGCACGUUUUUGUUUGUGAGAAUGUGCAAGUCUCCCGAGAAGUACGGUUUGCUAUCUGGAGAUAUCCCGAGAGCAGUAGAAGACUACAUUAUUCUUUCGCUGAACAGACUGAAGGAGCUGGAUUUUAUCACAGCAGAAACAGAGCAGGGAGAGAGCAAGAGAGAGAAAAGCAGUGAAACAGUGAUAAUGACUGAUCUAGGGAGAAUAGUUAGCCACUACUUCCUGAGCGAGUCAACAAUCGAAGAAUGGAACGGUAUGCCAGAAGAGAGCACAAUAAUAUCUUACCUUGCAGCAACUGACGAGUACAAGAACAUUCUAGUGCGAAAAGACGAUAGAAAGGACCUGGGUGUAAAUAAUAUUGAUACUCUUGGAGGAAUCAGUAGUAUUAUCAAAAGUGGCAAAAAUAACAGUAAAAAUAAAAAUAACGAAGAAGAAGUAACGGUAGAGCUGAAAAUAAAAAUACUCCUUGACAGGUACGUGCAGAAGAGACAGGUAAAAGGAUACUCGCUGGGGAUAGACCAAAGAUACAUUUUGGACAACAUAGAAAGGCUGUUGAACGGUCUCUCUGAAUACUUCCUGUACAAACAGCAGUACGAAAAAGUCUACAAGUCGCUUUUCCUAAGGAGACAGCUAAUGAGAGGAGCAAAAACAAUAGGGCUGCCCUCACUCGAAAUAUCCCAGAAUGAACACUCUCUUUCCUUCAGCUAUCCUGUCACAGGAUACAUAAUAAUCCGAAAAGAUGGAAAGAUACUCAAAAUAACAAAGAUAGACAGGACAAAAGAGUGCUAUCUAGUCCACAAGGCAGGGGUAAUAAAAAGCACAACAGAAAUAGCACACAAAGAUGCAUUCUCCGGUAGAAUAGAGGUUGUGCCGGCUCGAAAGUUCUCUGAAAAUGAGCUGUGGAUAGUAGACAGCUCGCUAACUAAGAUAGCAGGGUAUAUUUUAGAAUACGAAAAAGAAAGUGCGCCUCUGCACAUCUCACUCGAUAAAAAGAUACAGUUUAAGAAUGCAAACAGAAUAAUCGUGCAGGAAAUACCCAACGUAUCGUAUGCAGAGAUGCAGCAUUUGAACAUGCUCUUGAUAUACGAGAGAAUAAAAGAAAUAAAAAAGAAAAAAGAAAGAAUUCUCGUGGUAGUCAGCGACGCAUCACAGGAGGACAGGUAUCUUAAGGAGUAUCAGAAAUAUUCACUAAUCGACGGAGUGUCUUUCGAAAAGGAUCCGCUGUGUCUAUCAUCUACGAACGGAAUAGCAGGAUCUAGCAGAUUUAGUAAUAGCGAAUGGACAGUGGGCAUAUGCUCAGUAGAUAAGCUGCUUAAAUCGCUAAAAUACAACAGCUACACGUAUAUAUUCAGCGGAUUCACAAGGAACAACAAAAUAUACACAGAGAACUUGCUUAAGUCAAUAAGCAAGAACAUAAUAAUAUACGAAAGACCGAAUGUAGCAGCGUAUAUAAGACAAAGGUAUAUGUAA